AUGUCCCGAUUCUUCAGCUCCAUCUACGCCAAAACCUUGUUGGCUACUGGAGGUGUCGUGGGUGCUACCGUGGUCUACUUGGACUUCAUCCGUCCUCCAGCACCUCCACAAAUCACAAACUCCUACAAACCGCUCCUCAAGAGACUCGAAGCUCCUCCAUCGAGAGAUGAGCUCUUACAAAGAUUGAAAUCCACUGAAAACUUUGAUCUUUUGGUCAUCGGUGGUGGUGCUACUGGUACCGGUACUGCUCUUGAUGCUGCAACUCGUGGUCUCAAUGUCUGUUUGCUCGAGAAAAAUGACUUUGCUUCUGGUACCUCUUCCAAGUCUACCAAGAUGGCACAUGGAGGUGUCAGGUACUUGGAAAAGGCCAUUUUCCAACUCUCCAAGGAUCAGUUGGACUUGGUCAUCGAAGCCUUGAACGAAAGAGGUAAUAUGCUCCGUACUGCUCCUCAUUUGUGUUCUGUUCUCCCGAUCAUGAUCCCGGUCUACAACUGGUGGCAGGUGCCUUACUUCUUUGUGGGCUGUAAGAUGUACGAUUGGUUUGCAGGCCACCAGAACUUGAGAAACUCUACCAUUUUCUCCAGAGAAAUGACCAGUGCCAUUGCUCCAAUGAUGGACAAUGCCAACUUAAAGGCUUCCUGUGUGUACCACGACGGUACUUUUAACGAUUCCAGAAUGAACGCUACCUUGGCCACUACUGCCAUUAGAGAAGGUGCUACCGUGUUGAACUACAUGGAAGUCAAGCAAUUGAUUAAGGAAAACGGCAAAUUGGUAGGUGUUUUGGCAAGCAAUCGCGAAACCGGAGAGGACAUUCUCGUCAAGGCCACGGCCACCGUCAAUGCUACUGGACCUUUGGCUGAUAAGAUCUUGGAAAUGGAUGAAGACCCUCAGGGUUUGCCUUCGAAAGUUCCUUUACCUCCAAGAAUGGUGGUUCCAUCAUCUGGUGUUCACGUCGUUUUGCCUGAAUACUACGGUCCUACCAGCAUGGGUUUGUUGGAUCCUUCAACCUCCGAUGGCAGAGUCAUGUUCUUCUUGCCUUGGCAAGGAAAGGUGUUGGCUGGUACUACCGACACUCCAUUGAAAUCUGUCCCUGAGAACCCUGUCCCAACUGAAGAGGAGAUUCAAGACAUCUUGAACGAGUUGCAAAAGUACAUUGUUUUCCCUGUCAACAGAGACGAUGUCUUGUCUGCCUGGUCAGGUAUCAGACCUUUGGCCCGUGAUCCUAGCAAGUUGCCAAAGGGCAAGGAUGCCAACUCUACCCAGGGUUUGGUGCGUUCACACUUGAUUACUUCCUCCGACUCUGGUUUGGUUACAAUUUCGGGUGGUAAGUGGACCACUUACAGAGAAAUGGCCGAGGAGACUGUCGAUACUGUGCUCAAGAACUUCACCUUUAACGAGGUGGGACCAUGCAAGACCAAUGAGAUUGUUCUUAUUGGUGGUGACGACUACUCUAAAAACUACUCUGCCAGAUUGAUCCACGAGUACAAGAUCCCAUUGAAGUUGGCCAAGCACUUGAGUCAUAAUUACGGCUCCAGAUCCUCCCUCAUAUUGGAGUUGUACCAACAGUCCGACUACAACAAGUUGCCCGUGACCUUGGCUUCUGAGCACACUUUCACUCCUUCCGAAGUCAAGAACUCUGAGGGUAACAGUUUGUCGUACCAGAACUUCGAUGAGCCAUUCACAGUUGCUGAAUUGAAGUACUCGUUGCAGUAUGAGUAUAUCAGAACGCCACUUGAUUUUUUGGCUAGAAGAAGUAGAUUGGCAUUCUUGAAUGCCAGACAAGCCUUAAGUGCCGUUGACGGUGUGGUUGAGAUUAUGAAGCAUGAGCUCAACUGGGAUGAGGCUACCACCAAGAGGUUGACCGAUGAGGCCAAGGAUUACAUUGGCCAGAUGGGUAUUUCCUCCGAAAAGUUUGAUGUGUCCGACUUUGUCGUUCAGUAA